UUCUCGGGGGGGUGGCCUCCUCCGGCGGGAGCUGCUCCCCCCCCGGUCCCUCUCCUUGCCGGUGCUGCUAGGAGCGAGAACUCGGGCGCUGCUGUGUGAAAGUGCUGUGUAAACAAAGGGAGGCACCGCGUCCGGAGGCAGAGCACGAAGUAGUAAUGCUGACACGGUGACCGUUCAGAUUUACGAGCAGGGAAACACCUCUUUUAACCUUCCCCUGGAAAAUUGGAUGGCUGAGUGAGAACUGGUUGUUCAAAAGAUUCACGCUCGUGGCUGAGGAUUACAGCAUGUCUAAAGAAAUGCAAGAACUGCAGAAGCAAUGGCACUCCGUGGUGCAGUCCAUCCAUAGCAACUCAAAUGUUGUUGCAUUUAUGAAUUCUCGUGUUGGCCAAUAUUUAGAUGACCAUCCUUUUGUUGCCUUAUCGCUCCUGAUGUUUAUUGCAGUGUCUGUUAUUCCCGUUGCAUUUUUCCUGAUUUUUGUUGUUACAACAGCCCUAAUGGCCUGCAUUGGUGUGAUAGUCAUGGAAGGUGUUAUAAUAGCCAUAGGUGGCAUAGCCCUCCUCUGUGUGCUGUGUGGCCUGGGUGCACUUUCACUGGGAGUUUCUGGAGUACUUAGUGUUUGUUAUGUCGUUCUUUCAACUCUGGUCAACUACUGGUAUGCUUCAAGGGGUCAGAUAAGGAAGCAAGAAGUUAAUGGAAGUUUGCCACAGAAGAGUCCUUCUGUCUUGGAUCUUUCUGCCAAUAAUGGAAAGAACGAAUAAGUGGGUUUCUCCCCACUUCCUUCAUAGGCACUUAACUGUACUACCCUGACCUUUGCAAUAUAAUUGUUUACUCGUUGAGCAUUCAACCACUCCUUAUGGGAACUGAUAAAAUCGAUAUGCAUCUUACAUUGUCACUGUAAAACUAAUAUUAAGAAUAACCAUUAAGCAGCGGGGCAUUGUGAUAUUAAGUCUGUGUGCAUAAUGGAAUGUUCCACAGAAUUUUGUAAAGGGAUGUAAUAAUAACUGCUACUGUUGAGUCAGUGACAAUUAGUUGAAAGAAAGGGUAGGUAGGUAUUUGACUUCCCAUUUGUUACUGGAGUUCUGGGUGUACUAUCUUUUGAAAUUUGUACACAGUAAUUGGUCAUUUUGAUACAUAAGUGUCAAAGCUCAGAACACCAGAAAUGUUUUUUGAACGUUAAAAAAUAUUUUUAAGCCUUAACAGCCUUUGUUAAAAUAGUAUGAGCACACCAUGCUAAUGCUUUAUAUUUAUUAUAUGAGGAAAAUUGGGGUUUAUCAUGUGUUAAGUAAGUCAUGGUAUCAGCUUUUAUAUACCUUCAGAUGUUGCAUUAUUCUGAAGGGUUAUUUUCCUUGUUCUCAUUGCCUCAUCACAUCAAUGGUAUGCAGUUAGGUCUUGCAUUUUGUCAUAUUUAUUUAGGUAUUUAAAUUGCUUGUUUUGCUUCUCAGUUGUAACUUCUUGUAUGUUAUUUAAACUUUUUUCAUUUUUGCAAAUGCUAUAAUAUUUUUAAGCAUUAAGAAAGUAUCUAACUAUAUUAGUUUAAUAAAGUGCUGUUUGUUUAA